GACUGAUGGCCUUUUGAGCAUGUUUGAAUACUGGUGUCUGUAUCAGGAGGUGUACAGUAAAAUGAUCAUCCACUCCUGACAACAGCCCAUUUUGGAAGCUGGAAGACAAUGAGAGUUGGGAUGGCGUUUCUAAGAGCACUGGGAUACAUGGUUGUUCUUCUAGUUAUACACUCCACUCUGAAGAAUUCAGGAUACAGAGAAUCUCUGAAUGUAUUCUUUGAGGAACUAAUGGGUUCAACUCACACUCAAGCCAGAGUAAAAAGAAUGGCUUCCAUAAGUUCCUCUGAUUAUGUACUCCAAGUUGUUAUCAACAUCUCUGAUGUGGAGCAUCUCCAAACAAUGUUGGGCCAACUCAGUUAUCCAUUACUAAUCAACAGCACUCCUGAGGUGCAAAUUACUGGCAUUAAUACCACCACAGUGUGCUCACCAAAUAUGACUGCAUACCAGUGCAGAUGUGAGGAAAACUAUGUUUGGUCAUUAAACAGCUGCAAUGAUCAUGAUGCCUGUGAUGCCAUCAUUGAUGAUACAUGUGGAUGCAUUAAUGCCCUUCCAACUGAUGACCAGUACUGUCAGCUCAACACAAGACAAACAGAUCCGGUGGACAUUGAUUUAGUCCUGGACUUGCGCAUCCCAGUCUCCAGUGUGCCAUCAAAUUUCAUUCAUCUAUUCAGGGACAGAGUGGGAAAUUUCCCAUUGCCCUACAGAAUCAGUCAAUCUUUAACAAUAAUAGAUUUAAACUUCACCACAUGGUGCUCUCCGAACUCCACUGGAGGACUGCAGUGUGAGUGUGAGGAGCAGUUUGCUUGGUCAUGUGACAAGUGUGACAUCUACGGUGCGUGCACUAAUGUCACCAGUCCAACCUGUAGCUGCAUCAAUGGACUUCCUUCAGAUGGAGGGUUCUGUGAAGCAAUCACAAAGGUCGCUCAAUGUCCAACCCCGACUCCUGAGACGUCACCAUCACCAACACCAACACCAACACCAACAAAUGAUCCGGUGGACAUUGAUUUAGUCCUGGACUUGCGCAUCCCAGUCUCCAGUGUGCCAUCAAAUUUCACUCAUCUAUUAAGAAAUUUCCCAUUGCCCUACAAAAUCAGUCAAUCUUUGACAAUAAUAGAUUUAAACUUCACCACAUGGUGCUCUCCGAACUCCACUGGAGGACUGCAGUGUGAGUGUGAGGAGCAGUUUGCUUGGUCAUGUGACAAGUGUGACAUCUACGGUGUGUGCACUAAUGUCAUCAGUCCGACCUGUAGCUGCAUCAAUGGACUUCCUUCAGAUGGAGAGUUCUGUGAACCAAUCACAAAGGUCGCUCAAUGUCCAACCCCGACUCCUGAGACAACGUCACCGUCACCAUCACCAACACCAACACCAACACCAUCACCAUCACCAACACCAACACCAACAAAUGAUCCGGUGGACAUUGAUUUAGUCCUGAACUUGCGCAUCCCAGUCUCCAGUGUGCCAUCAAAUUUCACUCAUCUAUUAAGAAAUUUCCCAUUGCCCUACAUGAUCAGUCAGUCUUUGACAAUAAUAGAUUUAAACUUCACCACAUGGUGCUCUCCGAACUCCACUGGAGGACUGCAGUGUGAGUGUGAGGAGCAGUUUGCUUGGUCACGUGAAAAGUGUGACAUUUACGGUGCAUGCACUAAUGUCAUCAGUCCGACCUGUAGCUGCAUCAAUGGACUUCCUUCAGAUGGAGGGUUCUGUGAACCAAUCACAAUGAUUACAACAACGCCAGUGAUCACAACAACCACAACAACAACAAUGCCAAUUUUCACAACAACAACAACGCCAGUGAUCACAACAACAACAACACCAAUAUUCACAACAACAACAGCAACAGAGGAGAGAAGGCUCUCAUUUACCAUGGACAUAUCUUUCGAUAAUUCAUUCAAUGACCCUACCCACAGCCUCUACCAGAACACUUUAAACGCUAUUAGAAAUAAAAGCCAGGAGUUCAUCUCAACUUUCAAAACAGUGAAGAUAAAUCAGUUCCGGAGCGGAAGCACCAUCUGUGACUAUACUAUAACAGCAACUUCUUUUCAAGAAUCGGAAAUUCGAGCCGUAAAAGCAGGGGUAUUUAGAGAGCUGUCAAAAAAAUACCCAGUGCGAUUUAACAGCCAGGAGUCCUUAAGGUUUAACCCAGAUCCAGUAGUUUUUCGUAACCCAGUAACUGUGAGAUGUGGCCCACCACCAGAGAAUCUUAAUUUUGGUACUGAGUGGGAAGCAAAGUGGAGACUCAACAGCAUAGAAAUACCAACGGAUGAGCUACACAAAUUUUCAAACGACAGUGGAGCAUCAGUCUUAACUGUGUCAAAAUUUUUCAGUACGGACAAAGGAUGUUAUGAAUGUACGCUGAAAAGAAGAGACAACUCAACUUUCAGACAGACACAUGAAAUCAGAAAUACAUUCAACCCACCCCUGAUCGAAGUGAAACCAGACUCAAAAACAGUUGUGAGACUAUGUGAGGCUGGAAAGGAACAGCUCCUGCAGUGUUCUGUCAACAGCCCCUAUGAGGUUGAGUUUAUAGGAUUGCCCACUACAGAAACAGGCAGGGAAAUCACGCAUCAGUUUAUAAUGUCUGCCUCUGACUGCGACAAUCCGGAAAAGACGUUCACCUGUCAAGUGAAAAACCAUGGAACCUUUACGAAAAAUAUAACACUGCGGUUAUCCACAGACACAGGUUUUCUCUGUAACGAUACCACAUUUGGUGUUGGUAAUAAAGGUGAUAUGGCUACAAUUCCCUGUGAAGAAGAAGAAGGGGAGAAAGGCAAGGAGGGGAACAUCACAGCAGAAUGUUUGCAGAAUCGUACAUGGUGGAAUAAGCAAAAAAACUGCAUCCUACGACAGGUUCAGGAGCUGCUUGAGCAGUCUCAGUUCUUGAAUAACAAUUCCUUACCAGUAUUCUUGGACCAACUCAGCGAGGUCACUGUCAAUUUCACCGACAAAGUGGUUGCAUCUCCUUUAGACAUCAGUGCCAUUGUUGAUAUACUCAACAAUGUAGCCAACGCGUCACUUGCUAUCCCAAUAAAUGAAACUUUAAUGGAGGAUGUCCUUUUAACUGUAGGUAUCCUCACCUCAAAUAAAUCAAGGGACUCAUGGAACUCUCUAAACGCCAAUGACACCAGAAACAUCUCGGAAACAAGCAGCCCCACAGCCAGAAGCGUCAGCUCAACAUUAUUGCAGUCUGUUGAAGACAUAACAAAGGCCCUUACCAAUGACUCCUUUAAUAUUGACACACCUUUUAUUCUCUUAAACAAAACCACAUUCACAGACACUUUUAAUGCUGAUACUGAAAUCUUGGAUUCAGCCGUGGAGACAGACAUACCAGAGUCUGAUGGAGAAAAUAAGUCCAUCACUGUGAUAACAUUUGCAUCAAUGGAAAAUGUACUACCUGCAAGAGAUGAAAACAAUUCAACCUCUAACUUCAUCAAUGGGAGAGUUGUACUUGUUUACUCUGAUGGAACUGUCAAUAAUGUUUCAUUCACUUUUGAUAUUUUAAACGAUACUUUGAAGAAACCUCAGUGUGUUUUUUGGAACUUCAGCCUCUUUGAUGGUCUCGGGGGAUGGGACGAUGAGGGCUGCGAGCUGGUAGACGACAACAAUACUGUCACCUGCAACUGCAACCACCUGACCUCGUUCUCUAUGCUCAUGUCACCCUUCAGUCCAAAUGACCCUGUGUUGGAUUAUAUUACCUACAUUGGAGUUGGAAUAUCCAUGGCUUCCUUGGUUAUAUGCCUCAUAAUUGAAGCUGUCAUAUGGAGAAAAAUAAGAAAGAACAACACCUCUUACUUACGCCAUGUUUCCAUCGUUAACAUCGCUGUGUCUCUCCUGAUUGCAAACAUUUGGUUUAUUAUUGGAGCAGCCAUUUCAGAAGCAGACAAGAAAGACCGAUCAGCAUGCAGUGCGACCACAUUUUUCAUCCACUUGUUCUACUUAGCCCUGUUCUUCUGGAUGUUUUCCUCAGCUCUGCUGUUGCUCUACCGCACAGUCAGUGUCUUCGAAGGGUUGUCCAAAAAUUCUAUGUUGGCAAUUGGUUUCUCUCUCGGCUACGGGGCACCCCUCAUCAUUGCAAUUAUAACUAUAGCUGUAACUGCACCCAACAAAGAGUACAUCCGUGAAACUUCAACCCAAUUGAUUUGCUGGCUAAACUUCGACGAUUCCAAAGCUCUACUGGCCUUUGUGAUCCCUGCACUGUUAAUAGUGGCGAUAAACCUUAUAAUACUAUGUGUGGUGAUUUACAAAAUGUUGAGGAGAAGGGCUGUGGGAGACACUGCACAAGCAGCUGAGAGGAAUGUUCUGGUGGUCAUUAUCAGGAGUUUGGCUGUCCUUACACCAUUUUUUGGAUUAACUUGGAGUCUGGGAGUCGGAACUAUGAUCAGCCCACACAACAAAGGAAUCCAUGGUUCAUUUGCAUUCUUCAAUUCACUGCAGGGAUUCUUCAUUUUGGUGUUUGGAACGCUGUUAGACAAAAAGGUGCGGACAGAAAUAGCAGCAAUAUCACAAAGUUCCAGAACUGGGACAAGGAGCACCAGUGCUGGAACCUCAUCAUCAAGUGGAUUAGGCUUUUUCCGAAACUGGAGAAGAAGAAGAGAUGGUUACAACGUAUCAUCCACUGCUUCUGGUGUAUCUCACUCCUUCACCAACACAUGACGAACUUUACAGACAGCUGGGGUCAGUUAGAAAGGCAAACCAGCUGUUUGAAAGUUGAUUUAGUUAUUAGAUGUAUGAAGGAUAGAUCUGAAGUCUACUGUAGCAUUAGUCAGGCUUGAUUUGUGGAAAAUCAAAGAUAUCAUUAAUACAGUCAUAUCUUGAAAGCUGUAUUUUAUUAAAGCACUGCUUAGAAUAACAUUAUGUUAUACACUCUUGCAAGGAUAGAAUCGUAUUUAUUAGUGUUACAUAAUGAAUGCUGGAUGUACAUUAUUAAUUGCAUUGUAGUAGAGCCUGCUAAUAAUUGUUUUUGACAGUCAGAUUUUAUAUUUGAUGUCUUGUAAAAGUGAAUACAUUUGCACUUUGCAGUGUGUGUGUGUGUGUGUGUGUGUGUGUCUGCGAGCCCCUGGUGGGCAAAAAAAGCAUUAUCGAAACUAAUCUAAAAGAAUUCCACAUCAUUCCGAGCAACUGGAAUCACAUUGCGCUUGAUAGGCACUCCUGGAAGACAUCUGCUGCACGUCACAAAGCUGAACUCUGCCAAGCCGCAGAGAUAAAGCGAGAACACUGCAAGGAGAAAAACAGGCUCAGCCACAAGCACCACCACAUUCCCCUGCUGACAGUGUGCCAAAGUAUGUGGAUCUUGGAUCGGCCUCUACAACCAUCUGGAGACACAACCCAUCAUGGGGGACGGUCAUAUUUGCCUCAAGUGACCACCAAUGAUGGUGUGUGUGUGUGUGUGUGUGUGUGUGCAUUGUUUCCCC